GGCCGCGGGCGCCCCCCGCGCGGCGGGCACGGGCGACGCGGCGGGGGGGCCCGCGGCGGGCACGAGGCCGGAGGCAGUGGCGAGGCCGCGCAUCCCGUUCCAGGCGGUCGUGGCGGACGGCUGGACGCCGUACGACGGCAGGGUGACGAGCUGCGCGGAGUUCGGGGUGUUCGUGGACUUUGGCUGCGAGCGCCCGGGGCUGCUGCCCGCCAGGGGCAGCCAGCCGGCCCGCCCGGGCGCCCUGGAGAGCCUGCGGCCGGGCCGGGAGGUCACCGUCUACGUGACCUCGCGGCAGAGGGACACCGGGAAGAUCAACCUGUCCCUCGAGCGCCGGCAGUUGCCGCGGCUCCGCUGGGACAGCGUUGUUGCGGAUGGCCGCACGCCCUAUGAUGGCACUAUCGCGAACGUGACGCCGCUCGGCGUUUUCGUCGACAUCGGCACGGAAUUGCAGUGCUUGGUCCCCGCGAGUGCACUGGAUUUAGAUGACUCGGCUUUGCCCAACGUCGGGGACGAAGCCACCGUCUAUGUGUACGAGAAGAGGCGGAGUUCUGGAAGGCUGAUUUGUUCACUGCGCCCGUCGCCGAUGCCGCGGAGGGCUUGGACGGACUUCAAAGCCGACGGGCAAACGCCAUACCGGGGCGUCGUGCUUUUCGUGGAUCCUGCAGCAGGCGCUGCCAUCGAUAUAGGAUGUGACACGACGACGCUGCUGCCCCUGAGGGAUAGCCUCGGAGACGCCCCCCGUGCGCGGGUGGCCCCCGUAGAGGACUCCACGGCCGUGGCGCAACUCAAGGCGGGCGACGAGAUCACAGUUUACAUCAUGCAGGUUUCGCAGCACACUGGCAAGGUGACCGUGAGCCUGAACAAGCGGGCAGAGCGCUUAAUCACUUGGGACGAGGUGGUGGCCGACGGUCAGACCCCCUACCCUGGAGUCGUGACGGGCAAGACGGAGUUCGGGGCCUUCAUUGAUUUCGGCUGCGCCUACGCGGGCAUGCUGCCAGUGAGGGAGUUCGAGCACCUGGAGUCCUGGGAGGCGUUGCAGAUCGGGCACCGAGUGGUGGCUUACGCGCACCACAAGCUCAAGCACACGGGCAAAAUCAAUAUGAGUCUGCAGCGCUCCCCCAAGCCCCGGCAGUUGUGGGACGCGAUCGUGUGCGACGGCCAACACCAUAUACGGGCCGCGUGUCGUCCACGAGUUGGUACGGAGUGUUUGUGGACAUCGGGUGCGAGUGCCAAGGGAUCAUGCCUCUUCCGAGCAGUCCGCCCGAGGUGA